UUAAAAAGUUGUAAUUGUCGCCGACGGACGGCGCUGAAACGCUGUCGGAGCGCAUCAGACGUUUUGUUCCUGUCACGUGACCCUUUGACCAGGAAGGCGGCAGGUUGCGUGGUGGAAACACAACCAACAAUCUAAAGUACCAUUAGCCAUGUGGCUGGACUAGAGGCACAGUGAUGCCAGCUGUAGAGCAUGUCCGUCUGGGUAGGAAGCGCACCCUGCCCCCGUGCCCCAACCCCCUCUUCCUCCAGUGGCUGUCAGAGCUCCGGGACCAGGCGGCAGAGAAGGGACAGAAGACCCAGUACGUUUAUCAGAAGGCUAUCAGUUCGUUGAAGAAGUACCCCCUCCCUCUCCAGAACGCUCGAGAGGCUAAGAUUCUACAGAACUUUGGAGACGGAAUCUGCAAGAUACUGGAUGAGAAGUUACAGAGGCAUUACAGAGAGAACGGUCCGGACGCUCCCAUCCACUCCCUUCCCAGCGGUGUGACGGUGGCCCCUAGUCGCCGUAGCAACAACAACCUGGCUCAGCCCACCAAACAGCCCUCUAGGAAAGAGAGGGAAGGAGGGAGGAGGAAGAGGGAAUACGUGCCCCAGAAGAGGUCUGGUGGAUAUGCUGUUCUGCUAACACUCUACAGAGAGUCUCAGGUUCCUGGGGGUAAGGGCUUUAUGUUUAAACUGGAGCUGCAGGCUGAGGCCCAGCAUCUGUCUGACAAGUCCUUCUCUGUGCCUGAUCUGGGUAGUAAAUACACAGCCUGGUCCUCAGUGAGCACACUGAUACAGAAAGACUUGGUCCUGAAGACACACAACCCCGCCAGGUAUUCUCUGACUGAGCUGGGUUUGGCCCUGGCAGAGAGACUAGAAGACGGAGAGAGAGAACAAGAAGAGGACAGGAGGAGUGACGUGAGGGAAGAAGAAGAGGAGGGAAGUGGGCCUGGCGUUGACCUUACUGCCAAGGAAGAUGAGAAAAAGAAGAGAAAGCCCAUAGCGGGGCCUGACCCGGCAGCCUAUGUUGCCCAGAGAGGGAGUGAGGUGCCUGGGGUAAACUCCUCAGAAAAGCCCCAGGCUGCAGAGACAAAGACUAGGCCGGCUGGAGGCUGUCUGUACCCAGGCAGUUAUGACAUUGUGCUAUGUGUGGACUUCAUUGAGACUACUGGGGGCAGCACGGCCUGUAAGCAGGAGCUGGUGAAGGAGCUGCAGAGGAACGGCGUAACCUUUGAUGUCAGGAAGUUAAACGUAGGUGACUUCCUGUGGGUGGCCAAGGAGAGGGUCGCUCCCGUGUCAGGUCAGUUGCGUGCCCCUCCAAGUAGGGAGCUGGUGCUUGAUUACAUCAUCGAGAGGAAGAGGAUGGACGACUUGUGUGGUAGCAUCAUCGACGGACGAUUCAGGGAACAGAAGUUUCGUCUGAAGAGGUGUGGUCUACAGAAGCCCAUCUACCUGGUGGAGGAGUGUGGUUCUGCUGCUGCUCACCUGAGUUUACCUGAGACCACACUACAGCAGGCUAUAGUUAAUACACAGGUGGUAGAUGGCUUCUUUGUGAAGAGGGUCCAGGACGUGAAGGAGUCUGUUGCCUACCUCACUGUCAUGACCCGAUACCUCUCCAAGCUUUACCAGAACCGUACGUUGGUCUGUCGCUCCAGGGAGCUAGAGGGGGAUGGACAGAACGAGGAAGAGUGUGGAGGGAGGGAGAGAGAGGACCCCUCCUGUUCUCUCAUCUCCUUCGCAGAGUUCAACCAAGGAGCUGUCAAGAACAAGUGUCAGACAGUGAGAGAGGUGUUUGCCAGACAGCUGAUGCAGAUCUCUGGACUCUCUGGUGAUAAGGCUGUUGCUAUACUAGAGCACUACAGUACUCUACACAGUCUGUUGAAAGCGUAUGAGCAGUGCCCCAGCGACACAGAAAGAGAGAAACUACUCUCCUCCAUCCGAUAUGGAAAACUGAAAAGGAACUUGGGUCCAGCUUUGAGUCGCACAGUUUACCAGCUCUACUGUACGAAAGGAGCACUGUCAUAGACACACACACUCUCGCUCACACUCACAACACACACACACACACCUCUACAAUGUAGUGUUUAAGUCAUUCCCUGCCAAUGUAAACCUAUAUGAAAAUGCUGCUAUUGUUGUGAUUUUUCUACUAUUUUCUAGUCAAGUGGGGCAGCAGGGUAGCCUGGUGGUUGGAGCAGGUAGCCUAGUGGUUAGAGGCAGGUAGCCUGGUGGUUAGAGACAGGGUAGCCUGGUGGUUGGAGCAGG